CUUGCACCAACACAACAAACAUUAAGUAAAAAAUCCCCAGAAAUUUGUAGAGGUAGCGUUCUUCAAACGUUGUUUAAUUAAAGUUUUUAACUAAUUAACCAUUUUUGCGUGGUGUGUGCCCCCAGCCGAAUGGCCGACAACACCACGAAAGUGGUGGCUCCCACCGUGGAGCAAAUUAACGCCGACCGAAUCACUGAAUUUGCCGAAAAAUACUGGGCCCCGCAUUCCGCCCAAAACCAGCAACCCUUCGACUCCCAAAUCGUGGACGACAUAUACUUGCAAGACAUCCGCGGUAGCAAUUUUUCGAUUCGUAGAAUAAUGGUGUUGGAGUUCAGCCAAUACUUGGAGAAUUAUCUGUGGCCCAACUACAAACCGGGGGCUUCGUAUGCCCACAUGUUGUCCGUUGUGAACAUGGUGAAUGAGAAAUUUAGGGAGCGGGUGCAAGUGUGGCAAGCGUUUCGGAAAAAUCCCACCCAUUUUCCUGAUUUUUUCCAACAAGUACUUAAAGGAUUGUUAGAAGACGAAUUAUUAAUCAAUUUAAGAGAGCAGACUUCACUGCUUGUGUUUCUCAAUCAUUGCUUCAAUAGCAUGGAAGAGGGGCUUUGUAGGGAUCAAGUCAAGCGGUUAGUUUCGCUCUCAAUGUGGGUGUCUUUACAACCCGGGCGUCGUGAAUACGAGUUUAAGAAAAACCCAAAGUGGCGAAAGUAUUGGAAAGCCAUUCAGAAAAAAGAUAAGCCAGAAGAGUUAGAAAGACUGAAUUGGGAGCGGACUUUUUUGCACAAACUCAUUUUAAAAUUUUUGAAUAUUCUGGAUACGAUCACAGAAGAUGGGAUUUGUCCACUUGACAAAAUCCACUACUGUGAGCGAUUUCUUGAACUAGUGACUGACUUGGAGGCUCUUCUUCCUACUAGAAGAUUCUUCAAUACUGUCUUGGAUGACAGUCACUUGGUGGUGCGUUGCCAACUCUCAGCUCUCAUUAAACGGCCAGAGGGACACUUAUUUAGCCAGCUCUUAGACAUGCUGAAAUUUUACGCAAGAUUCGAAAUCAGCGACGAAACGGGAGAUCCCUUAACCGACCACGACAUGACACAGUUACACUACUCAAAAAUUACCUCACUUCAGAAAGCAGCGUUUGCCAAAUUUCCCGAUUUGCGCAGUUUUUCUUUGGCCAACGUUGCGAGUGUGGACACGCGCAAGGCUCUAAUCAAACAUUUCGGUCCCUUAAACAAAGAUAAGUUGAGACUGAUCGCAACGUAUUUAAAGUUGGUGCCGUCUCCCGAGGAGGAAACGGAGGUUAAUUGGUGCCGAUUAGAUGAGGAGUUUUUGCGCGAACUUUUGGUGUCUAGACACGAACGAAGGACAUCGCAGUUGGAGGCGUUAAAUGAAAUGCCGCUUUAUCCAACCGAGGAAGUGAUCUGGGAUGAGAACGUGGUACCAACUGCUUAUUUUUCAGGGGAAGGCUGUCUGGCUUUGCCCAAGCUGAAUCUACAGUUCCUGACACUUCACGAUUAUCUUUUGAGGAACUUUAAUCUGUUUCGCUUGGAAUCGACUUACGAAAUUCGGCAAGACAUCGAAGAUGCAGUCAGUCGGCUGUGCCCUUGGCGGGCUGAAGACGACAGCGUUUAUUGGGGCGGUUGGGCCCGCAUGGCUCAACCGAUCCUAAAUUUCGCCGUGGUAGAAGUGGCAAAACCAAACAUUGGUGAAAAAAGGCCAAGUCGCGUGCGCGCCGACGUCACAGUUAAUCUUUCCGUACGUCCGGAAAUAAAAUCCGAGUGGGAAAAUUUACGCAAACACGACGUCUGUUUCCUGAUAACUGUGCGCCCACCAAACUCAAUCGGCACAAAAUACGACUAUAAACAACCCUUUAUACCACAAGUCGGCCUCCAUUGCGUGCGAGGCUGCGAGAUUGAGGGAAUGUUGGAUACAAACGGACGAGUGAUUGAAGACGGGCCUGAACCACGGCCGAACAUCCCGGGCGAUAAACGGACGUAUCGUGUUUGGUUGGAUUGUAACCAGUAUCGGGACGACAUGAACAAUGUUAACCAAGGCAAGGAGGACGUCUACGAAGAGUUUAACAUUUUGAUGCGUCGCAAGCCCAAAGAAAACAAUUUUAAGGCAGUGCUUGAAACGAUCCGGGAGUUGAUGAAUACGGAAUGUGUUGUUCCGGAUUGGUUGCAUGACAUUAUUCUGGGCUACGGUGACCCGAGUGCUGCACAUUACGCCAAAAUGCCCAGCCCGACCACUACUAUGGAUUUUAACGAUACUUUCAUAGACAUGGAUCAUUUGCGUUCGUGUUUCCCCGAUUAUCAAAUCAGGGUGAAAACGAACGAUCCGAAAAAAUUAGUUCGGCCUUUUCGCCUAACUUUUGGUGAUUUGGGCACCGGUAGUGAGAAAGUAAUCACAGUUGAACCGUACGUUACACCAAAACGUGGCCCUUACCAUUUCAACGAACCCAAAAAGAAUUCCAUCCCGUUCACUCCGACUCAAAUCGAGGCGAUUAAAUCGGGCAUGCAGCCCGGUUUAACCCUCGUGGUGGGGCCCCCAGGUACCGGCAAAACCGACGUUGCUGUACAGAUAAUCUCCAAUAUUUAUCACAAUUUUCCCAAUCAGCGCACCCUCAUUGUUACGCACUCGAAUCAGGCGCUUAAUCAGCUCUUUGAGAAAAUUGUGGCGUUGGAUAUCGACGAGCGACAUUUGUUGCGGCUUGGGCACGGCGAGGAAGCUCUCGAGACUGAGAAGGAUUUCAGUCGUUAUGGACGUGUUAACUAUGUGUUAGCUAAGCGGUUGGAUUUGUUGGUUGAGGUGCAAAAAUUGCAAGAAUCGCUCGAUGUGAAAGGCGAUGUUGCGUAUACGUGCGAAACCGCCGGGCAUUUUUAUCUCUAUCAGAUUUUGUCGAGGUGGGAGAACUAUCAAAGUAUUGUUAAGCCGAAACGGCAACAGGAUGUGCCGAUUGAGAAAGUUAAUGCCGAAUUUCCGUUUCAUAAGUUUUUCGCUGAUGCGCAACCGCUUUUCAAAGGGAAGAGCUUUGAUGAGGAUUUGGAAAUUGCCGAAAGUUGCUUCAGAUACAUUGAGCACAUUUUCAAAGAACUGGAAGAAUUCCGCGCCUUUGAAUUGCUGCGCUCAGGCCUAGACCGUUCCAAAUAUUUGCUCGUAAAAGAGGCGAAAAUAAUCGCAAUGACUUGCACCCACGCUGCUUUAAAACGCAAAGAACUGGUGGAAAUGGGUUUCAAAUACGAUAAUAUUCUCAUGGAAGAAGCGGCCCAAAUCCUCGAAAUCGAAACCUUUAUUCCACUCCUCCUCCAAAACCCACAAGACGGUUAUAACCGCUUGAAACGUUGGAUAAUGAUAGGGGACCACCACCAGUUGCCCCCAGUCAUCAAAAACAUGGCCUUCCAGAAAUACUCCAACAUGGAGCAAAGUCUCUUCACCCGUUUGGUUCGCUUAGGCGUCCCGACUGUAGAUUUAGAUGGACAAGGGCGUGCCAGACCCAAUAUUUGCAACUUGUACAAGUGGCGUUACAAAAACCUGGGUAAUUUGGCUCAUGUGUUGAACUGGGCGGAAUAUCGCACUGCAAAUGCUGGGUUUGCGUUCGAUUUCCAACUGAUUGAUACUCAGGAUUUUAACGGGGUGGGGGAGUCGGAGCCGAGUCCUUAUUUUUACCAGAAUCUGGCAGAGGCUGAGUAUUGUGUUGCCGUUUUCAUGUAUAUGAGACUGAUUGGUUAUCCGGCGCAUAAAAUAACUAUUUUGACGACGUACAACGGGCAAAAACACUUGAUACGGGACGUUAUCAAUGCAAGGUGUGCCAAUAACCCGUUGAUUGGGAGGCCACAUAAAGUCACAACGGUUGAUAAGUAUCAAGGGCAACAAAACGAUUUUAUUUUGUUGUCGCUGGUGAGGACUAAAGCUGUGGGGCAUUUGCGGGAUGUGAGGCGAUUGGUUGUGGCAAUGUCACGUGCCAGGCUGGGGUUGUAUGUUUUUGCGAGAGUUGCCCUCUUUCAGAAUUGUUUUGAGUUGACUCCUGCCUUUGAACAGUUGACUCAAAGACCGACUAAGUUGCAUUUGGUGGUCAAUGAGACGUAUCCUGCCAAGCGGUACAAUGACGAGAAACCGCAGGAAGUGGUAGUGAGUCAGGAUAUGACUUAUAUGGCCAAUUUUGUCUACACGUUUUAUACACAAAGGGUUAAGCAAAUGAAGGAGUAUUAUGAGCAAACGCAAAAGUGGAUGAAACCUGGAGCUUGUGAGGUCAAAGAACACGAAUAUUUCGUGUCUUCGCAUCCGGGUGAAGACCGCGAUACUGACAGUGAAGAUGAGAGGGAAGAAGAGGAAGAAACUGUGCAGUUGCCUGUGCCAAUUGAGGAUGAGCCGAUUGAAGCAGAGACGAUUGAUUCCGAAAUGCCCGAAGAAGAGGACGAGAGGAGCGAAGUUCGGGAUACGGGCGAAGUGGAGAAUGAUGAAUAAUUUAAUAAAAAAAUUUAAUGAA